GCGAACCAGCGUCGUUCGCGGCCUCCAGAGAUAAGUGCGGACUGCUACAUCCCUCUACACUCUCAUUCUCGUGCAACUCAGUCAUGAUGGAAGAUCUCGCUUCAGCGUUCGCCGGUCUCUCUGGCUUCAGCCCGAUGAUGAUGAUCAAUCGCUCAUGUACCUGCGCGACGACAAGACUUAUCCAGUGCAGAGGCUUUGGAGUGUACCAAAACGACAUAUCCGCCAAGUUUGACAAGAGUCCCGAUGAGGUGCCCGACCUCGCAAAGGAAGACUUCCUAGCUAGGAAGAAGAUCAUUGACCAGGUUGCUGCCUGGGUCGAUGAGCAUCAGGAUAAGACACCUCAGAUUAUUUAUAAGAAUGAAUGGGUGCCUAUUUUGUACGGGUACGAGAUUGUGAAAGGGUCGGCUAAGAGAAAUCGCGAUUGGGGCCAUCUCAUCUUCACGGACCUGACCCUAACCAGAUACCUUCUGGUUAUGUGCUUCGGGGAUCCGAAAUGCAAUUGCGGCAGUCCUUUCCACCACGACUACGACGCGAUUGUGAAGUACAACACCGAUAGGUUCAUGUCGCUGCUGAAGUACCUCCAUCACGAUGACGCGAGGCCAAAUUGGGUGCGAGCCACGUAUACCACGUCCAAGAAUCGUUCCCUGGAUCCGGACUUCCUGAACUCCCUCGAAGGACCGAAGGCGGGCACGUCGACCACCCCACCAAUCUUCCAUGUUACGCCCGACAAUUUCACGCCAUCGCUGUUGGCCUCGGACAUUGAGAAGAUCGACAAUCUGCUGACUAGCUCUCGCAGAAAGCUGCCACCGUCCAGCGUCAAAAACGAGGUGCUAGGCAAGAAGGAGGGCCGGCCAGAGAUGAAGACGUACCUCGCAGGGAACGAGAAGAAUAAGAGACAGUGUGCAUAUUGCGAGAAAGUCGGAAAGCAUGACAUGCCUAUGUGUGGGCGUUGCAAGUUAGUGAGAUAUUGCAGCCCUGAAUGUCAGAAGGCGGCGUGGGUGAACCAUAAGAUCUUCUGCAAGAAGGCUACGUCCACCAAAGCUGCCUAGGUGGUCAUCUAUCUCCUUAACUGUCACUUUUAGUAAGCCGUUGUAGCUUUAAAUGUGUUGUUUGUAGCAUGAUCUACUCAAGUAAGUACCCGCCUGGCCCUGUGAUGCUGGUGG